CAAAAAAAAGUUGGAGUCCCAAAUUAAACGACGUCGUUUUCGUCUAAAAAACACAGCCCUGCUAAAAAAUCCAGCCUCUACUCCUCAAUCAUCUCUCAAAAAUCCAGCCCCUGCUCCUCAAUCAUCUCCAUCUCCUUCUUUGCCCCUUCUGCAAUCAUCUCCAUCGCCUCCUCACCUCUUCACCCAAAAAGCUCACCAGUAAUGUCACCCCCUCUGCAAUCAUCUCCAUCUUCCCCUCCAAAGUGUUGGCAAUACAAUGGGGAUAUUAAGAGGAAAAAACAAAUUCAAAAUUCAACAUGAAACUGAACGAAACCGAGAGGCAAGACGAGCAACACAACAUCAGAAACAAUCAAAACCAUCAUUAAUUAGCCCACGCAAGAAAAAAAAAUUUUGUCUGAGGGAAAUCAAAUAGGUUGCUGGAUAUUUCAUGGAGAAAUGCAUCUUGGCCUUCAGAGACCAAACGGACUUCUUUGACAUGACUUCUUCUUUUAUUGUCUCCGUCCGGCGGCCAUCAAAGGACUCCAAUGAUGUGGUUAGUAUUUCUUCCAUGGAAACAAUUGCCUUGUGUGACAAUGUGAAGCUUGAGGAUAACUGUCCAUGUGGAUAAUACUGCACUUCAUACUGUCUCCUGUGCACAGGAAAAACAGAUCAUACAAGGUGCAUACUAAGUCUAACAUAGAAGAAUAACCACAGGAGAGUAAUUUUAGUAAGGGAUGCAUUUGAUUAAGCUUCCCGUGUGUAAUUCACAUUGUAUGUGAUCUUUACAAAUUCAUAACCUUUGCUUAUUAAUAAGAUAUGUUUUUGUUU